GUGCUGUGGAAGAGCGUGUGCUGAAGUUUCAUGUUUCAGGUAAUCUUCUUCAAAAUAAUGGGAGUCUAGAUUGCAUCAGUUAGUUUAAAAACUGCUGUGCUAUUGGUAGGGACAAAAUGGGAUUAGAGCCAAAAUUUGACUGUGUUACUGCCAAAGUCUGUAUCAGAUUUAAGACACAUGCUUCUGCAAGCUUCCAUGAAGGCUGUGAAAAAAGUUUUAAUACAGAGUUGGAUUACAGCUCUCGAGCUCAAAACAUUGGCCAUUACACUACCAUCUUAAAAGGCUGCUGUAACACAGAGCACAGAAUAGAGCAGAUUUCUCACAAUUUCUGCACCACGGAUGGAUUUUGAAUGCCUCUUUGUGUUUUGAUGGAAGAUAUAUUAACUUAAUUAACUGGAAUCCAUACCUUUAUAUAUACAGAUACACAUUUAUUUAAAUCCUUAUCAUGAUUUUCUUCCAAAUGUAUCUAAAAGCUGCUUUAAGAAAUUAUAUUCUCUAGAUGGACUCACAAUUCUCUUGAGCAGUAAAGAGCCAGAUAUUUACUCUCUUAUGUUGGAAUUCUCUGUGAGUUUAUAAGAGAAACUCUGGAAGCUUUUCUGUAUUGCUGAUAGAGAAAUGCAUUUUGAAACAGACACCUCUAGCUAUAUGACGACGACUGCAUAGCAACCUGUGGAUUUUAAACAUCAGAAUGUACAAACCGUGGGCAACUGUGAAUAUUUUCAUAGUUUCUUUUCUACAUCUGUUGCAAGGAUCUGAUUAUGAGAAUGGAUCUAUGAAGAGGACAUCUCUGUCAGCACUAGAGCGCUCAGAACAGCAGAUCAGGAGAGCAUCCAGCCUGGAAGAGCUGCUUCGCAUCACUCACUCUGAGGACUGGAAGCUGUGGAAAUGCAGGCUAAAACUCAAAAGUCUGGCCAAUUUAGACUCCCGCUCUGCAUCACAUCGCUCUACCAGAUUUGCUGCUGCCUUCUAUGAUAUCGAUACACUGAAAGUCAUAGAUGAGGAAUGGCAAAAGACUCAAUGUGUGCCAAGGGAAACCUGUGUGGAAGUUGCCAAAGAGCUGGGUACAACAACCAACAAAUUCUUCAAGCCUCCCUGCGUGAAUGUGUUCAGAUGCGGAGGCUGCUGCAAUGAGGAGAGUCUGAGCUGCAUGAAUACAAGUACAACUUACGUGUCGAAAACGCUCUUUGAGAUCUCGGUUCCUUUGACAAGUGUUCCUGAGCCCGUGCCAAUCAAAAUUGCCAAUCACACAGGCUGUAAGUGUCAAUCAAAUACCCAGCGCCAUCAGUAUGCCAUCAUACGAAGAUCUGUCCAGUACCCAGAAGAAGAUGGAUGCCCCUUUACCAACAAACUUUGCCAUAAUGGUUGGAUCUGGGAUAGUGACAAAUGUGAAUGUGUACAGCACCCCAACAGACAAGAAGGACUCCCUCCUCUUGCUGAGCUGGCUAUGUGUGGACAACAUAUGGAAUUUGAUGAAGAAAAUUGUGAAUGCAUCUGUAGACAGAAGUGUCCCACAGAUUUCUUUCAAAGUAAAGAGAACUGCAGCUGCUAUUUGUGUAGGGAGAGCCAGGAGAGCUGUGCUCUAAAACACAAGAUAUUUCACGCUGAAACUUGCAGCUGUGAGGACAAAUGUCCAUCCCAACCCAGAACAUGCCCGACUGCAAAACCAGUGUGUCCUAGGCAUUGUCGUUGUCCGAAGGAGAAGAGAGGUUCUCAUGGGUCUCAAAGCAAAGAAACUCCUUGACUGAGCUUUCCCUAUUCUCCGAAAAUCCACUGCUUUGCAAAGUAGCUGUCACUGACUUUAAAAAAAUAGUAAACAUGAACACCUUUCACAUUAAUAGUAGAAGAAUGAAUCCAGUCUGCAUUUAUUUAUUAGAGUAAUCACUAACUGCAGGUGAUUCCUCUGGGACAUUGUUAAUUAUUCUCUAAGAGGUAACAACGACCAAUGAAUUUCUGGCUGUGUUGGAGGCAGAAGUGCCAGUCCAAUGUUAUAUUAUGGAAGAUGAAGCUGGAUUAUUGGUAAUAGAGUCACAGUCAACAGCGAGUCUUUCUGAAAUUGAGACUAGAUAAUCUUAGACUCUGAAUCCUUAGCUAAUGCAGCUCCUGGGAGAAACUUUCUUCAGAAAUUCAGUGUACAGGAUUUAUCUUCCAAUAGGUUCAACACUGAGUUACUUGAUCUACUGUCCAGCUUUGAUUAUCAUUUUGACUUAAUUGUACAACUACUGUCAGAUGUGCCAUAUUUAAGUGUAUAUAAGAAAAUAAAUACAUCAGUUAUUCAA